CGCCAUCACACCUCACAGCGUCAAGACGCAGCAGCAGCACACCGACAAGGACACCAAUACGAAGGCCAAGAGCACGCCUGUCCCAGCCAGCUAGCGAACGCAGCCGACGACGGGCAUCGAGCAACGCCGAGCAGACGAGCUCAUCAACCCCCGGGGACCCUGAAAACCAGAAACCCAGAGAGAGAGUCCAGACGCCAGAUACCCAGACGUACGCCCACAGCCCACAACACCAACAACGCACCAUGCCCCGCACCCGGGCGUCCAAGACCACUACCAAGACGGCGUCGCCCGAGCGCGCGCGCCCCGAGUCGCCGACCUCGACCGCGAGCAUCAGCUCGAACGGCUCGGCUUCCGCGUCGCGCCUCUUCCGCUCGUCGCCGGCCAAGCCCGUCGUGUCCAAGGAGCCGCCGACGGCGCGCAGCGCGCUGCUCGACGUGCUCUCGCGCCCGCGCGCGGCCGGCGCAGCGCUGACGUACGACUCGAGCCCGUACGUCCCCGACGGUGCGGGCGGCGAGGCGGAAGACGAGGCGUCGGACCAGAGCACCAUCUCGUCGUACGCGUCCACGUCGAGCACGCUCUCGCGCUCCCCGUCAGACGAGGAGCUCGCCCGCCUCUACCGCACGUACCUCGAGACGCCGUUCGUCAAGAUCAAGAGCAUCUUCAAGCACUCGGAAUUCGGCCACGACAACAACCCCAACUGGCGCUGGACGUCCCAGUACAACCCCGCCGAGCCGGUCACGCUCGAGGAGGAGCCCGACGCGCCGUUCGUCGUCCUGCUCACGACGUACCUCUCCUACCUUUUGCUUAUCGUCCUGGGUCACAUCCGCGACUUCUUCGGCAAGCGCUUCUACCCCAGCCACUACUCGCAUCUCCUCCCCUACAACGGGUACGCCGCGCUUCACUCCGACUUUGACUCGUUCUACACGCGCCGUCUCAAGUCGAGGCUCGAUGACUGCUUCUCGCGCCCCGUCACGGGUGUUCCCGGCCGCACGAUCAUGCUGCUCGACCGCUACUCGAACGACGAGUACGAGACGUUCCACCUCUCGGGCAAGGUCACGCGCGCGCUCAAUGUCUCGUCGUACAACUAUCUUGGCUUUGCGUCCUCGUCGGGCGGCUGCGCCGAUGCCGUCGAGGAAGGAAUUCGUCGCUACGGCGUCGCUGGCGGCGCUACCCGCCACGACUCGGGCACGCUCGACCUUCACAACGAGGCCGAGAAGCUCGUCGCUCAGUUUGUGGGCACCGAGGACUCGAUGAUUGUCUCCAUGGGCUUUGCGACCAACUCGACCACCAUCCCCGCGCUGGUCGACAAGGGAUGUCUGGUCAUUUCCGACGAGUUCAACCACGCGUCUAUCCGUUUCGGUGUGCGUCUCUCCGGCGCCUCGGUCCGUACCUUCAAGCACAACGACAUGCAGGCGCUCGAGGAGUUGCUGCGUGACGUUGUUGCCCACGGCCAGCCCCGUACCCACCGCCCCUGGAAGAAGAUUCUCGUCAUGGUCGAAGGCCUGUACUCUAUGGAGGGCACCCUCGUCAACCUCCCUGUUCUUCUCGACCUCAAGCAGCGCUACAAGUUUUAUCUGUAUGUCGACGAGGCCCACUCGGUUGGCGCCAUGGGCCCCAACGGCCGUGGUGUCUGCGACUACUUUGGCAUCGACCCCCGCGAGGUCGACAUUCUCAUGGGCACGUUCACAAAGUCGUUUGGCGCCGCUGGCGGCUACAUUGCAGGCAACAAGGACAUUAUCGACUCGCUCCGCGUCAAGUCGCACGCGUUUGCGUACGCCGAGGCCAUGUCCCCGCCGAUUCUUGUCCAGAUCAUCGCGUCCAUGUCGGCUAUCAUGGGUGUCGCCCCGCCGCUCAACCCGCCGCUUGACCGCGAGGCGUUUGACAAUGACGACUCGUCGGCGCUGUCGGUGUGGAGCCGCAGCGUGUCGUUUGGCCCUACUUCUCGCGAGGCCCUGCCCUCUUGGAUGACCCUCCCACCGGCCAUGGCUAACGGCACCGAGGGCAGAGAAAAGCUCAGACGUCUGGCCUUCAACUCGCGUUACCUGUCGUCUGGUCUGCGCAAGCUCGGCUUUAUCGUCUAUGGCCACCGCGACUCGCCGAUCAUCCCGCUGCUUCUGUUCAACCCCGGCAAGAUGGGCAUGUUCUCGAGGAUGAUGCUGAACCGUGUCGGGCCUGACAAGACGCCUAUUGCUGUGGUUAUUGUCGCGUAUCCCGCCACCCCCCUCAUCACCUCCCGCGUCCGCUUCUGUCUCUCUGCAUCGCACACCAAGAACGACAUUGACCUCUUGUUGCGCGCCGUCGACGAGGUCGGCGACAUUCUCUCGCUCAAGUACACCAAGGAGCGGUGGCCAGUGGACAAGGUCAUUGCCAGUGCCGAGGAGCUGGUGGCGGCGCACAAUCUUGAUGAUGUGCAAUAAGCGCGAGAGUCACGAGCGGCGUCAGCCGCGAGUGCGCCAGUGCCACUUGCGACGUGUGCCGCGCGAGCGCCACUGCCACAAUUGCGACUCUGCAGCGCGACGACACGACGACGACGUCGUCGACGAUGACAACAACCCCACAACCACACCCCGCGGAAGCUACAUACAUGCUCCGCCGCAGACAUGUCUGCUCAUUUUCAUUAGUAGCGCGCGUCCGGAUACCUAGGCAUGCAUUUAAUACAGGAGCGAGGCUACGAGCACGCGAAGCGUGCGAGUUGCCGCGGGGGCUCAAGCUGCUACGGUGUGACCCUCCUAGACCCCACCCUAUCGCCCACUGACGAUGGUGUACGCGCCCAGCUCGGCAGCACCACAGCGCACGGUGGCCACCACGACCUGGCCAUACGGCCGCGUGUACUGCGAGUGGAGGAUGUUGAGCUCCUCGGCAGGCACCCACCCACGGGCGGUGAAGCACGCGCCGUCGACGACGACGGGCACGUCGCGCCCGUUGAGGGUCACGCUGGCGGAUGUGAUGGGGGCGGGGGCGGUACCGGAGAUGGUGUACUCGACGGUCGAGGCGCCGUACCCGGUCUCGACAGCGAGGAUGAGCUCG